CACCCCUCUGCGCUGCAGUCCCCCACCCCCAAAUCACAACCCUAGGUCACAGAAGUCUUCCCCACCGCCGCAGGGCGUGAGAAUCAGCGCCACCGCCCAUUGCUCUCAGUCACCUUGAAACCUUCAACCAAGCUUCCCUCUCUCAAAGAAAGAAAAAAAAGGUGACAAACCCUAGCCUCCAUUGUUGCCGUCGUUCUUCUCACCGCCGCCGUCCCGCCGUUCUUCGCCAGCUUCUUUUCUUCGCGCGUAGCCAGCUUCUUUGCCUGGUCCAGUUUCGUCGUCUGUUGCAUCGCCACUGCCGCCAGCUUCUCCACGUCACAUUGUUGCUCCCUCUCCUCCCUACUCUGCUCGUUCGAAGACCACCGAAGGAUUGGAACCAGGGGAGACAGCCGUCUUACAUCUGGGUAUGCUCCAUUUCGUUCAAAGCUUCUACCUUUCGUGGAUGAUCACUGUUUUAGAAGGCUAGGUACUGCUGCUGCAUAAACAAGGAACGCACAGAAGAGACUCCCUUUCCCUUUUUCCCACUCAGAUUUCCAAUGGUGGAUCCUUCUAGAACCAUCGACGUAGAGAAGUUGAUCUCCUGGUGCGACGACCUCGUCAAGAUCCUAUCGGAUCGGCACGACAUCGACAACCUUGCUCUAUGUCUCCGACGCACUACUUCCCUCUCUUCCACCUGCAAUUCCGACCUCAACCAUGUCCGCAACUUGCUCCAAGAUUGUCAGAAAAAGAUAGAUGCAUGCAAGCAGAAAAAAGAGGAAGCUAGAUGUGAGAGUGCUUCUGAUGCAGAACUAGACCUUCUUCAGAGAGAGCUGGAUGAGGAACUUGAGAAAGAGAACUUUCUGAAAGAGGAAUUUAGAACCAUUGGGGUUGAGUUUAAUGAACUAAUGCAGCAGCAAAAUUCUGUCCAAGAGCGAAAGAAGGCUUUAUUGAAAAUUGACAAAGAUAAGCGAAGGAAAGAGAAGCUACUUUCAAUGUAUGCUUGUGUCUCAAAUAUUUUACCAGACUUGGAUGAUCCCUCCAAAAUUUCAGGCUAUAUUGUUGACAAGGAUAAAAAUGCAGCGGAGAAGUUUGAAUAUGACACAUCAAUGAUGACUCCCCUUGAUGUAUGUAAUGACAUUUGGAAAAGAAUAAGUGCAGAUUUGUGUUAAACAACAAACAUGUCUGUUUUUCAGAUGAUUGUUGUAACUAUAUAAUUUCCCAACUUUGAGUGACAUCAUACUAUCAUAGGAAUCAUGUCGUCACUUGUUCAAUGGUGUAAGAAUUUAUGUUAUAUGCUAAUUUAACAUGAAUGACAAUCCUGCAAUGUUUAUUUUUUGACUA